CUUUUCCUUGCUAUUUUCCUCAUCCAUAUUUCCUGAAUUUGAAUGGGCUGCGACGGUUGUUCGUGGCUCCGACCCGGCGGAGCUGUCGGUAUCUCCACCGGAGUUCAUUGUUUUCCGGAGGUUUAUCCGUUUCCUUUCUUUUUCCUGCUUCGACGCUCCUCCAGAUGCCGGAACUCCGCCGUCUCUUGCUCCACAACAUCUGGACCGCCCAAUUCAUAUCCCGAAUCAUCAACUCGCUCCUACAACAGCCGUCGAUGGUACAAUCCUCUUUCUUAUGGUCCUGAGCCUUCGGAUCAUCCGCCGUCUCCUCGGGUUGUGCGAGAUUGGACGGAUUCCGAUGCGGCUCUCAAUUCCGAAGAGAGAAUCAAGGUCGUGUCCUACAAUAUACUUGCAGACAGGAAUUCGUCUAAGCACAGAGAUCUCUACCCCAAUGUUCCUAAUCCUUACUUGAAGUGGGGUUACAGGAAAAGGCUGAUUUGCGACGAACUGAUUGGUCUUGGUCCAGACAUUAUCUGUAUGCAGGAAGUGGACAAGUAUUUCGAUCUGUUCAGCACAUUGGAGAAAGCUGGAUAUGCGGGUUCGUACAAGCGGCGAACUGGAGAUAACGUUGAUGGCUGUGCAUUGUUCUGGAAAGCCGAUAGGUUUCAGCUUUUGGAGAGCGAAAAUAUCGAAUUCAAGAGUUUUGGCCUCCAUGAUAACGUUGCUCAGCUUUCUGUUUUUGAGAUGUGUAAAUCUAAGUCAAGAAAACUACUGGUCGGCAACACCCAUGUGCUUUACUAUCCAAGCCGAGGAGAUGUGAAGCUAGGGCAGAUCCGUUUGCUAUGCUCAAGGGCACACUUGCUCUCCAAAAAAUGGGGUAAUAUUCCCGUUGUGCUUGCUGGAGAUUUCAACAGCACUCCUGAGAGUCCAGUAUACAACUUCUUAGCAACCUCGGAGCUGAAUGUCAUGGAGCAUAACAGACGAGAGCUCUCUGGCCAGAGGAAUUGUCAUCCGACUCGUGUUCUUGGCACAAGUAGAAAACAGAGCGAUAUGUUAGUUUCCAUCGGCAGAUCUUUGGGCGGUAGCUCUUGGACCAAUGAGGAGAUCCGGAUCGCAACUGGGCGUGACAACUCCUACUGGGCUGUUCAUCCCCUCAAACUCCGUAGCUCAUAUGCCUCAGUUAAGGGAUCAGCAGCGAGAACACGAGACUCGGCAGGCGAACCUCUCGCAACGUCAUAUCAUUCGAAGUUUCUUGGCACGGUUGAUUACCUCUGGUACUCUGAUGGUGGUCUUGUCCCUGCGAGAGUUCUUGAUACACUUCCCAUUGAUGUUCUCUGCAAAACCAGAGGCCUUCCUUGUGAGAAACUGGGAAGCGAUCACUUGGCUUUGGUUUCCGAAUUCAUGUUUAAACCUGGAUGCGAAGACAUCUAAACCGUCGGUUUAGCUUAUUCUUGUUUUAAUGAUUUUACUCACAUUCAAUAUCAUACAAAUGCAAAGAACCAAGAUUUUUUUGUUUGUUUUU